AUGGAGCCGUUCUUCACCCUCAUGCACGUGAUAACGGCCUUUAUACACUUUUCCAGAGCUAACGGGACUCAGUGUAGCUUACAAGGAGAGCCUGCGUACCCACAGCUAUGGAGGGACGGUGAUAUAACGGUCGGAGGGCUCUUCCCCUUCCAUAGCAGCUGGGAGACCACAGACUUCUCCUACACGGACAUGCCGCAAGCAAUGAAGUGCAUCAGUGUGGAUUUCCGAGGUUUCCAGCUCUCGCAGACGUUGAUCUUUGCGAUAGAGGAGAUCAACAACAGUUCGUCUCUGCUGCCGGGAGUUUUCUUGGGCUAUAAGAUUUACGACACGUGUGGUUCUGCUGCAGAGGGGACCAGAAAGGCGAUGGCGCUUGUGAACGGAAAUGAGAACUCGAUCUCGAAUAAGAGCUGCACAAAGCCGGCUCAGGUACAGGCCAUGAUCGGGGAAACGUACUCAUCGGUGUCCAUGGCUAUAGCGAUGAGUAUAGGGCCCUUCAGCAUUCCUAUGAUCAGUCACUACGCUACAUGCGAGUGUCUCAGUGACAAGAGUAAAUAUCCCUCAUUUCUGCGCACUAUUCCCAGCGAUUACUACCAAAGCAGAGCACUCGCAGAGAUGGUCAAGUUCUUCGGCUGGACCUGGGUCGGAGCAAUAAGACGAGACGAUGAUUACGGUAACAGCGGCAUGGCUGCGUUCACCGAAGCUGCCGGGCAGUUGGGCAUCUGCCUGGAAUAUUCCCUUCCGUUUUUUAGAACGUACUCACAAGAACGAGUGCUGAGAAUGAUCGAGCAAAUCAAAAGCUCCACGUCUCGAGUGAUUGUGGGAUUCCUUGACACUUGGGAUCUGGAGAUUCUGCUGGAUGUGUUUUUCCAGCACAACAUCACCAGAUACCAGUGGGUUGGAACCGAGGCCUGGAUCUUCGACCCAGAGCUGGCCGGUCGGGACAAGCACAACAUCCUGCACGGGGCCAUCGGGCUGGCCAUUCCUAAAACAACAGUGACCGGUUUGCAGGAGUUUAUUCUAGACGUGAGGCCGCUCAGAUCUGAAGGCAGCGCCGUAUUUACUGAAUUCUGGGAGGCUCUGUUUAACUGUAAAUUCACGAUGCAGGAUGGUGAGGAGAAUGUUCCAGUGUGCACAGGACAGGAGAAAGUGUCCGAGGUGGAGAACACCUUCACUGAUAUGUCCCUGAUGCCUAUUUUCAGUAAUGUGUAUAAAGGGGUGUACGCUGUCGCCCAUACACUUCACAACCUGCUCGAUUGCAAGCAAACGUGCCAGACGAAAACGCAGCCCGACCCUCUCACAUUUUUAGAACAUCUAAAAAUGGCGCGAUUUAAAACCAAAGAAGGUGAAGAGGUGUAUUUCGACAGAAACGGCGACCCCCCGGCCAAAUAUGAGAUCAUAAACUGGCACGUGGGUAAAGAUCAGCCGCACAAGUUUGUCACUGUCGGACUUUACGACUCCACCUUACCAACCCGGGAUCAAUUAUCAGUCAAUAUGCCCUCAAUUGUGUGGGCACAAAAUGCCAAUCGGGUUCCAGUAUCUGUAUGCAGUGAGAACUGCCCACCAGGAACCAGGAAGGCUGUGCAGAAAGGGAAACCCAUCUGCUGCUUCGACUGUAUUCCAUGCGCCGAUGGAGAAAUGAGCAAUACGACAGAUUCUAUUACGUGUCAGCAAUGCUCUCAAGACUUCUGGUCAAAUUCACAGAAGGAUGAAUGUGUACAAAAGGAAGUCGAAUAUCUGUCUUAUGAGGAAACUAUGGGGAUUUUGCUUGCAGCGGUUUCCAUUAUUGGUGCAUUUCUGACGCUGGUAAUAUCAGUCAUUUUCUUUCGAUUUAAAAAUACCCCCAUAGUCAGAGCCAACAACUCUGAGCUGAGCUUCCUGCUGCUCUUCUCUCUGACUCUGUGUUUCCUCUGUUCACUUACUUUCAUCGGUCAGCCUUCGGAGUGGUCCUGCAUGCUGCGCCACACAGCGUUCGGGAUCACCUUCGUCCUCUGCAUCUCCUGUGUUCUGGGAAAAACCAUUGUGGUCUUAAUGGCGUUUAGGGCGACACUUCCGGGCAGUAACGUCAUGAAAUGGUUUGGGCCUCCACAGCAGAGACUCAGUGUUCUUGCUUUUACUUUAAUACAGGUUAUUAUUUGUGUGUUUUGGUUAAUAAUAUCUCCUCCUUUUCCAUUCAAAAACUUAUUGUCAUCUAAAGAAAAGAUCAUACUGGAGUGUAAUCUGGGUUCUGUUGUGGGUUUCUGGGCUGUUCUGGGUUAUAUCGGGAUUUUGGCUCUUCUGUGUUUUGUUUUGGCUUUUUUAGCUAGAAAACUUCCUGAUAAUUUUAAUGAAGCUAAAUUUAUCACCUUCAGCAUGUUGAUAUUCUGUGCAGUUUGGAUCACUUUUAUUCCAGCAUAUGUCAGUUCACCUGGUAAAUUUACUGUAGCUGUGGAGAUUUUUGCUAUUCUGGCCUCAAGUUUUGGUUUGCUGUUCUGUAUUUUUCUUCCUAAAUGUUACAUAAUCAUCCUGAAACCUGAGAAGAACACCAAAAAACAACUUAUGGGAAAAUGA